AUGGCGCCAGUAAUAUGGGGACUCGACCUGAAAGACAUCCAUUGGAAGAAGUUUGGGAGCGACUAUAUGUGGAAGAAUAAAGACUACCACAUGCGACGGACCAAGUUUGUGAUCUAUCAACUUGCCAUGAUCUGCAUGGUAGUAUCCGAAUCAAUAGGCACCGCUGCCUUGACAGACUAUGUAAAGCAACAGUCGAGGAUUGAGAGUCUACACUCCUCAGCAGCUGUACACAACGACGACUUCGUCGGCAUUGCUUCGUACAAUAUCUUUUGUGGUGUGGCGGUUGCCACCGUCUUUGGGGCUGCGUUCUUCUUCGAUCUUUUCUUCCCAGAGCGCUUUGAACCCAAGAACAUUCGAUGGUCGUGGAGACUCAGUGCCGUUUUCGUGACGUUGUGCUCGAUCGGUGAUGCAUUGGCAUUCACCAUUAUCGUGGCAACCGGGAAGUCCUGGAUCUCGGCCGACAGCCAGGAUGCGGAACAGAUUGCUCAGGAGAGGAUCAAUCCGCCAUUAAUCUACCGGCACAACGGGAGAGCAAUUGCCGCGACUGUGUUCUUGUGGUUGGGCUUGUGUGCAACCGUGGCUAGCUGUAUCCUCUUGUGGCUCUACUACCAGCAUCUCGACACCUACGGACCCAAAUCCCACUCUGCUCGCAUGCGGGACGAGGUCGACAAGACGAUCUUGAUCAAUGAGCGAGCCCGAACCGGCAUGAGCUCUCGAGAGCAAAUGGCCUUCCGCUCACUGUAA